AGAAGUGGCAGGAUGAAGAAGAAGAAGAAGAUCGCUAUGUAAACAUGGCUGAACUGCGCGACGUAGGUUGGAUGUUGUCCGUUUGUGUUAUGUCGUAAGUUACACAUAUUCGGUGAAGUCGACAUGGACAAGACAUAUCAGCGCCAGGCUCCGCCAGUGAAGCAGCAGCCCUCUGUCUACGCUGGCCGUUCUCUGGACACCACGUACACCGCCCACAGGCCACCGUCGAGCAGCGCGAUUCCUGAACCAACACAAUGGGCUCUUUCAACGGGACCGACACAGUCGGACCACGCUGCUUCUCGGUGGACUCAUUCAUCGGGAUAUGGUCAUCAAGCUUACGGAUUCAAUUUUCCCGCGCCGUCUCCCAGUGGAAGGGGUUGUGGAGAGACUCGCUUGGCCCCUCCCUGUGGAUUUGACCCCUCUGUCCCUCCGCCCCCCUUCGGCUGCCCCCCACCGGGACAUUUCCCUGAUACUGCUCCGAUCAACACAUACAGUAGCCUCCCGCAGCUUAGAGCCGGUCCUCAGCCCCUCCAGUAUGACUUCCAGUCGGAAUCGGAGAACCGGCAGCAGGACUAUGAGGAUUUCCGUGAAGCUGGGAUUCGGUUCGGCGGCCCGCUGUUUCCUCCUCCGCGGCAGGACCGUUACUGCAAACCGGGAACAGCAACCGUACAGCCUGAGGAAGAAGCCGCCUCUCAGAGGACGCAGGAUGCACUGUGGCUCAGACGAUUCUUACAGAGUAGAGGUAAAGUGUCGAAGAGCCCGCAGAACCAGCAGCAGCGGUCACACCACAGCUGUGUCCCCGCCCUCAGAAAGGCUCUGUAUGGGGCAUCUAGACUCAUCUCAGCGUUGGAAGAGUCCUGUCAAACUCUGAAAGGCAACGUGGAAAAUGACUGUGUUUGGACAGACUCUUAUCUGACUUCUUUAAAGAUGAAGAAGGAGCUCCAGAGUACCGUGAAGCUCCUCACUGACGGAGAGUGUUUGAAGAAAUUAAAGGCUAAACUGAACCGCGUCGGGAAGAGGAGGGUCCGGAGACAGAGAGCCAGCAAAGUGCAGCAGCUGGAGGAGAAACAGCGACAGGAAGACAUCUCUGAGAGGGAGGCUGCUAUAGACACAUGGAGGAUGAAGCAUAUUCACGAAGAAGAGGAGAGGAAAAAGGAGCAGGAGCUGAAGCUGGCUGCAGACUCAGUUCUCUGUGAAGUGAGGAAGAAACAGGCAGACGUGAAGAGGAUGCAGGACGUCCUGAGAUCUCUGGAGAAACUACGGAGGCUGAGGAAAGAGGCCGCUUCCAGGAAAGGUAUUGUCACAAAGCAGAAAUGUGAUGAGGAGUUCAGCAGUCGACUGGAGCAGCUGAGGAGUGUGAUGAAGAGGAGGACAGUGGUUUACUCAGCAGAGGAAAAGGCUCUGAUGGUGAUGCUGGAAGGAGAGCAGGAGGAAGAGAGGAGGAGAGAACAAGAAAGACGAGUGAAGAAAGAGAGAGAGAGACAGCUGCAGAGGAAACUCAGAGUGGAUGCCAUGCUGUUUGGAGAUGAGCUUCCUGUUGAUUCUGUCCUGCAGCCUUUUAGAGAGUAUUACACCCAGGCUCAGUGCUCACUGCACGCUUUAAUACAAAUCAGGAGAGAGUGGGACGUGUUUGUGGUCGCAGCAGAUCAUCCAGAUGGUUCUCUGGUCCCUCAGAGCUGGAUCCUGCCAGAUCCCCCAUCAGAUCAGGACUGGGCCUCUGCUCUGCACACUGUUGACACCGACAGACUUUGACUCACUGUAUGUAUCAACCCCUGAACUACAAUCGUCAGCUGUCAAUCAAAACCCCCUCUGCAGGUAUAUGUGGAGGGCUUGUUGGUAUAAACCCAGCUGAGGAGGACUGGAAAUCUUAGCUGGACCAGUUUUUACAACCAACACACUGAUUAUAUUUAUCUAUUUACUGACUCUCUUCUUCAAGCAAGACAGGAGAACAAGCCCUUUUCUGAAUUUUUUAUUUUUGUCAGUGAAUAAAAAGUAAAUUCAUGAUGUUAUCAGG